AUGACCCUAGCUAUUCCUAUGACACUGCUCCUGUCUCUUCCUCUCGCUUCCUGACUUGCUCUGGUGCACACCUGGCCACCUACAAAACCAGCUCUGCAUGUUACCACUGUGCCUGAAUCAGAGGAUCAUCAGUCUUCCAAGGUCAUGAUCUACAAGAGCUGCAAACAACAACUACUGGCGCUCUUGUUCCCCUGGGUCCUAGACUCCCUCUGUUCCAACUCCAAUGGGGUCAGGGCUAGUGACACAAGUGAGGUCGACGUCGUCAUUUCAGUCUCCCAUCAGGUACGUGACAGUGAGUCU